UUAUAUUACUUUGUAAUGUAACAGUUUACCAGCAUGUUGUUUAAAAUUUUUAAAGUGGAUGAUACUUCCAAAACCACCGCUUGUAAGGUGGCUAUAUUUAAUCUAAUUUUGACAUUUCUGCUAAACAUAACACUAAUUGGGGUUAUUUCUGUUCUUUUUGAAUUUGAUGACAAAGUCACAGCUGGACAUAUUAGUCGCUUGAUUUGGGUGGAAGUUAUUUUAAACUUCCUUUUUUAUCCAUUUGCAAUAGUCUUACUACUUGGUGUGAAAAAAGAUAAUUACAAAUGGAUUAGGAUUUGGAUUAAAGCAAAAGUAGUACAAGCAUCUUACAUACUUCUCCUUAAUCUGGUCAUGCAGGUUUAUGUAUCAGCCUCUAUAAGUAUUGGUGAUGGUUUGAUCGUUUUGGCUUAUACCCUGAUAGUUGAGGUGUUCUACAUGGAUCAUAUUAUUUUUAUGAAUAAUUACCACCGUCACAAAGAAUCUGAAGAAGAUGAUUCACAACUGAAAGAAACGAUACCUGAAAGUGUCGUUAUAAGAUUUUGAAGGAUGCACAUUUUUCAGAAUCACACUUGAAGAGUGACAGAAGUGUCAAAUACCGUGUGCCUAUAUUAGGUAUCUAAGUGUGGAACUAGCCGCAAACGCAAAUUUAGUACUUUUAUUGUACAUUCUUCCAUCUCUCUACAAUACAAAAGAAAAAAAUCAGUACACUCUGAUGAUGCCAUAAACAAUAUAUUAUUGAAGUGUUUAUACUCAAAAUCAUCACUUCAACAAUUUCAUGAGAGCACAUAUUUAUUUAGAACUGAAGUAUAUUUAAAUUUUUUUCUGUUAUUGUUCAGAUGCAAAUAUCCAUGGAACAGUAUUUUAAACUCAAUUUAAUUGUUUAGUUUAGAUGAUAUUAAAAACUAUAAUCUCAUGUUUUUAUAAUAAAUAAAUUCUUUGGAGAGUUUUUCAGAA